CCCCGAACGCCAUCUCCGCGAACUUCUUCAUUGGCAGUGCCCAUUGGUGGCGGCCUUGUGUGGUCGUUUGGGCGACUUCUGGCGGUGUGGAUGAGUGCGAUGUCUUCCCUGGUGGAUAUGCUUCCGGUCGGUGGCAGGGAUGAGGGCGGGCCAAGGUUGUCCGCUUUGGAGAGGGCUGCAGUGACGUCCGUCGUCGCCGCCGUCAUCAUGCAUUGCGAGACGGAGGUCGAAGGUGAACGACGGUGGGCACGGCUACGCGCUCGAAGAAGGAAGGCGAUGCAGCCACCGACGUGUGAAGGGUUGGAUAGCGUCGCCAUAUGUGACGCCGUCUUUGAGGUAUGCUGCGCUCUGGGGUGUGGUGGACUGCCUAGGGCGACCCCGAGGUGGUGGGUGAAACGAAGGAUGGGGGGGACCUGGGAGGAUCUUCGGCCUGCAGACGACGCCACUGAAGACUACUUCCGCGACAAAUUACGGAUGUCUCCACGUGUCUUCCGUGAGAUCGUUGAGAACUUGACGCCGAUUCUCGAGCGACGUGUGACGUUCUACAGAGAGCCUUUGCAGCCAGACCACAUCGUCGCGUACGCGCUUUACAGAUGGGCGUCUGGCGAGACAUACGAGAGCAUCAUCUGCAGCUUUGGAAUUGGCAGGGCUUCGGGUUUGGUGGCCGUCCGGGACGUCACAGCUGCGCUGCUUUCGGUGUACAGGGAGAAGGUGGCGUGGCCGACUGGGGUGCGGAAGGCGGUUGUUCUGCGUGCUUUUGCGGACAAGGGUUUCCCGAACUGUCAUAGGUGCAUCGAUUGCACCCAUAUCUACAUCGACAAGCCGGCAAACACGGCUCCAGAAGACUACUACGACCGCAAGAGACGAUUCUCUGUCGUUGCUCAAGUUGUGGUGGAUUUGGACUUGCGCGUCCUCAAUGUGUUCAUGGGUUAUCCGGGUAGCUGCCACGACGUCUGGGUCAUCCAUCUGUCCAGUCUUUGGUCGCGUGCGGUGGCGGGCGAGUUGUUCACAGGGCCUCCUGUGUUGCUACCGUUCCAAGUGCAGACCAAUGGUUAUCUGCUGGCCGACAGUGGUUACCCGCCGAGCGAAUGGAUGGUUGUCCCCUAUGGCAGCACGGCGCAGACUCCGUUCGAGGCCCGUUUCGACAACAAACAGAAGACGGCGAGGGGGGCGGUGGAGAGGGCCUUCGGGAGACUGAAGGGAAUGUGGCAUUUGUUCCUUGGGUCGCACAAGACAAACAUGGAGACCUUGCCGCAGCAGUUCGUGGCCGUCUGCAUCUUGCACAACAUCCUAAUUGACGUCGGGAUUCCUUUCGAUGAGAACUUGCUGUGGGAGGUGGACGCCAAGGGAGUUCGCCGUCGAGUGGAUCUUGGGAUCCAGCGCCCCCCCAGGCCUUUGUGCAUGGAAACUUCUACGGGGGAAGCGGUCAUGCUGCGUGAAGCACUGGCGGAGCGAAUGAUGCAGCGAUGAGAGUUGUCGGAGGCGCGGAGCGGAAGUAGAUGUAAGCUGCGUACGUGGAAGGGCGUUUGAUGGCGGCAGUAGAAGGAAGCAGCGUGCGUAGAGACGAAGGAGACAGUAGAUCGUGUGAUGUCGUCGAAGUCAUCGUCGUCAUUGUCGGACGAAGACCGGAGAACGUCUGUGUAGUCUAGUACUCCCCCUCCAGUGUGACCUGCACAUUCAGAUAGUCGACGAGCGUUUUUGCUUUAUGUUUUCUUUCGAUUCGUGCUUUCACAUU